CCGCGCGGGGGCGGGGCCGCGGGCGGGAGCGGAGGGCGGGGGCAGCCCGCUCGCAGGCGGCCGCCAUAUUGGGCAGCGCUGCGGCCGGCGGAGAGUGACAGGAGGAGGCGGAGCGGGGCCGGGCCGGGCCGCGCCGGCCGCGCAGCAGACUAGUUACUGUUUGGACUUCAUGAAGAUAAAUUCCUGGGACUGCUGAACUCCCCAGCUCCCCCUUUCCUUUCCACCAUGGACCAGGAUUACGAGAGACGUCUCCUACGCCAAAUCAACAUACAGAAUGAAAACACAAUGCCUUGCGUAGCAGAGAUGAGAAGAACACUGACGCCUUCCAAUUCUCCAAUGUCUUCUCCUAGUAAACAUGGAGACAGAUUUAUUCCUUCAAGAGCUGGGGCCAACUGGAGCAUUAACUUCCACAGAAUAAAUGAAAAUGAAAAAUCGCCAAGUCAAAACAGAAAAGCAAAGGAUGCUACGUCGGACAAUGGCAAAGAUGGCCUUGCUUACUCUGCCUUGCUGAAGAACGAACUCUUGGGAGCAGGGAUUGAGAAAGUUCAGGACCCACAGACGGAGGACAGGAGGCUGCAGCCGUCCACCCCAGAGAAGAAGUCUCUAUUCACUUAUUCUCUCAGCACAAAGCGCUCCAGUCCAGAUGAUGGCAAUGAGGUGUCGCCAUAUUCCUUGUCUCCUGUCAGCAACAAAAGUCAGAAGCUGUUAAGAUCACCUCGAAAACCAACACGGAAAAUCUCAAAGAUUCCUUUCAAAGUGCUGGAUGCCCCGGAACUGCAGGAUGACUUCUACCUGAACCUGGUCGACUGGUCCUCUCUUAACGUCCUCAGUGUUGGCCUUGGGACUUGUGUUUACCUAUGGAGCGCUUGUACUAGCCAGGUAACCCGAUUGUGUGAUCUGUCUGUGGAAGGAGAUUCUGUCACGUCUGUGGGCUGGUCAGAACGGGGGAACUUGGUAGCAGUUGGCACUCACAAGGGCUUUGUACAGAUCUGGGAUGCGGCUGCAGGAAAAAAGCUUUCCAUGCUGGAGGGGCACACAGCUAGAGUUGGUGCCUUGGCGUGGAAUGCAGACCAGCUUUCUUCUGGGAGUCGGGACAGAAUGAUCCUUCAGAGAGACAUCCGAACCCCACCUCUACAGUCUGAGCGGCGACUCCAGGGCCACAGGCAGGAAGUUUGUGGGCUCAAAUGGUCUACGGACCACCAACUCCUGGCAUCUGGAGGAAACGAUAACAAGCUUCUUGUCUGGAAUCACUCCAGCCUGAGUCCUGUCCAGCAAUACACAGAGCAUCUUGCAGCAGUAAAAGCUAUUGCCUGGUCUCCACACCAACACGGCCUCCUCGCCUCUGGCGGCGGAACGGCUGACCGCUGCAUACGGUUCUGGAACACGCUCACCGGACAGCCUUUGCAGUGCAUCGACACCGGGUCGCAAGUGUGUAACUUGGCCUGGUCUAAACAUGCCAAUGAGCUAGUGAGUACCCAUGGAUACUCGCAGAACCAGAUCCUCGUCUGGAAAUAUCCCUCGUUAACUCAAGUAGCAAAGCUAACAGGACACUCAUACCGAGUCUUAUAUCUGGCAAUGUCCCCUGAUGGAGAGGCCAUAGUUACAGGAGCUGGAGAUGAAACCUUGCGGUUCUGGAACGUCUUCAGUAAAACUCGCUCAACAAAGGAGUCUGUAUCCGUUCUAAACCUCUUCACCAGGAUACGGUAAACCCUCUGUAUUACAACCCAGGAGACCACAGUCUGACGUACCAGGAUAAAACCACUAACUUGGUGUGCAUGGAACCCCAAACAAUCAGCCAGAAGGGGAGUGAGUGUCAGUGGCGCUGGAGGAUGGAUCUAACAGAUGCUAAUUAAAUAUGUGCUUGUGAACCACAUUGGGCAGUAUUUGGGAUGGGGUUGGGGAGGGACUUGCCAAAGGUUUACGGAUUUAUCCUUUGUAAAGGGGAACGGGUACAAGAGAUGCUAAAACAGCAUCCUCCAACCCUUGUUCUGUAUAGUGGAGAAAACAUGUAUGAUAUGGACCAUUAAGACUGGACCAAGGCCAUCCCAACUGCUAUGUCAUCUCUUAGGAGAGAUGAGUAUCCUUGCCUUUGCGGGAAAGGGUUUAACGUGCUGCUUUGGUCCCUCUAUCCUAGGAUGGACAUCUUUGGAGGUAGGAGCUAGCCAGACUUGUUCAAUGCAACUGGUGCAAGGGGACUAGACUCCAGACUGGGCGUUAGCCUCUCUGAUAUCUAAGGGCAUUGUUUAUAGCCUGGGAUCUACAUUACAUGAAGAAACUGGAGAACUGCAUAUUUUUCUUUGCAUUUUUUCCAAAUAAAACAGGUACUGCAGUACUUGAUACAACCAUUCCCGUAAGACAGUUUAACGUUGGCACACUUAACAACUGGCUUCAAACAAGUACAUUUUUGGGCUCUAAACUUUAAAGGAGACUUAAAGAGGCUCCACCUUUGAGGGAGCACAUUCAAAGAAUUUUAAAAUUGCUAUUGCAUGUUCUCGGCUGAUCUCCAAACUUUUAGUUAACGAAGAGGAAAAACAAUGUCUUAAAAAAAAAAAAAAAAAGUAUUUGGAGCUUCCCACAGUGCCAUUUGUUGCAAGCUGGUUGCUCUGGAGUCUUUCUGAGGACAAAAGCAGUUGAGAUGUGGUUAAACAAAACAACUACUGUAGAUCUGUUUUUCAAAGAAAGCAUUGCCUCUUCUGGCUGGAAGGGGGGAAGCGCCAUGGCUGGGUGAGGGGUUUUUUUCUUUUUUACGCAAGGAAGAAGUGUUACUUUUUUUUUAUCUCCAAGUCAAAGCCAGGGACCUGUUGAUUUUUUUUGUUUGUUUGUUUGUUUUCUUUUUUUAAAGUUGUAUGGAAAGAAGAGUGCCUGCCUGUGUGUUUGGAGCCCGUGUGAUGAGUGCAGUGGGAUGUGAUGCAAAGCACUUGUGUGUAUGUGUUGUUUUUAAUUUAAAAAGAAGCUGUUACGCUUGCAGCAGCCUGUUCCUGUCUUACUUUGUACAUGUGCCAAUGCUCUCCCUGCUGUGCACCUGGCUCUUCUGCCUGCCUCAUGUCCUCUCUAGUACAUUUGGAUGUGAGUGCUGUUUCCUGUUCUCGCUUGGAUUUUCCUGGCUGUGUAUAUAGACCUUGACCUGUUCUCUGUAGAGUGUAUAGGCAUUUUUUUUUUCUUUUUUUGGAAACCAGACUGCAGGGGUGGAGGUGGGAAUACAACUGCCUCUCCCCAGUGCCACCAGUAUCCUUAGGGUGAGCUUCUGAGAUUGGAAGGCUGAUACGGAGAAGGGCAGUGAAGGGCGGCUCUGUUCACUACAGCCUUGACCAAGUGUGCCGUUUACACCAGUGCCUGGAUCGGGCUCCUCUGUGGCUUGACACUACCUCCGCAUAUUGCAGAUACUUGGAGGCGCUUGUGAGGUGCUCGUGUGCCGGGAGUUCACUGCUCCUUAGCAAACUGACAGCACUGAAUCUCGAAAGCCCGAAGCAGCAGCCACAUCAUCUUAUUGUAGCCUCGCUUGCCUCAAACAUAAUUUCAACACAAGUCUAUAAACAUAAUUUCGAUGUAACUUCUGAAACACAAUCUCAGCACAACCACUGUGUUGUAAUACUUGCUGCAGGAGUACGAGGCGCUGUUAAAAAUUGUCUAAUGGCCUCCCAGUUCCCCUCUUGUUGCUUGUUAUGCUCACUUGCAUUGUUAAACUUGAUAGCGUGGAAGGACCACUGAAAAGCACUGAGGAGUUGUUAAUUAAGUCAGAUCGUUAAGUUGGGAAGCAGGUUUGAACUGAAAGGCCAGCGGCAGGGAGUCAUGGCCUGUCACAGGUGUCUGUCCUGUUGUAAUGCCACCCUUCUUGGGGCAGCAGAGCCUGGGAAAGGGGGCUGCUUACACCAGUGGGUAAAGGUGGUUGGUAACUGCUGCUGUAGAUCUCUUUCCUUCUGUGUUCUGGGCUCUCUCCUACCUAAGUCCUGAUGUGCAACCCCCUUGGAGACACUGCUUGCUUCUCCAGGAGGAAAUCUCUAGAUAGGGUGGGGGCAAGGAGGAGGUCUCAAAGUUGCACGCAGGUAACCCCAGAAAGUGGAGUGGCUUCACACUGGUUUGUGCCCGUUCUGGCUCAGGGGAGCGCAGGGGUCGUGCUGGAGGAGGAAGCCUGCGACACGGGUGCCUUCCUCCGAGGAGACCCUGGAGCGGCUGGGGAGAUGGGCAGCGCGGUCAGCGCGUGCACAGCCUGUGCUGUGUCCACAGCUCGGUGCUCCCUCGUGUCCCGGCGUCCAGCUGGGCCCGGCGGUGCUGGCGAGGGGGCAGCCCCCUCGUUGCUCUGCUCCUGGCGCCGUGCUCCUCUUCCACCGGGCACUUUCACAAGCUCUUUUUUCUCACUUUUCUUGCUUUGGAGCUGCCUUGUAAGCAGGUCGGCUUGCGACUUCCUCUUCUGUCACGUUUGGCAGGGAGGGCUAGCGAUUUCCAACCCAUAGCUGGUCCGUGGCUGAGCAGCUUGGCUAACGAGCAUGGAAAGAACGAGCUGUUCAGAUGGAUUUAGCUGUUACAGUAUGGCACAGACUCCUUCCCCCACUCCGCUUGCAGCUGCCAGGGCAGGAGUGGAGUUCCCAGAAGUGCUCUCUGCAGGUAUUUUGCUGCAAGAGUGUGCGUUUGUGGGUGUGUGCGUAUGUCGCAGCUCAUAGAGGCAAGUGGUGUGACGCUGUUGGCUGGCUGGAGUGUGUUAACUGGGGAAAAGAGCAAAACUAUUGUAAGCUUGUGACUUUUGGUGUAUGAUCUGUAAGUACUGAGCUGUGCAGGUGGGUUGAGCAAAGGGUCCUCCCAGAGUUUAUGCGAUAAAGUCCACAACCUCGUGGCAUUGUUAUAUAUAAGGCAUCAUAUGGUGGAGAAAAUAUAGAGCGUUGUAACUUUUCCAUGUAAAGCAAUCUAACUGGCAUUAAACAAGUUGUGAAUUUAA